GGCUUUCGAGGGGCCAUGAGCCAAUUUCUUCAAAGUUCCCUAUCCCUCUGAAGUCACCGUCGGUUCUCCGUGUGCAGUUCCUUGAUUGGGAGCAUCUUAAGAUUUGAUACAUCCCGUGCUCUCUCUCGCGCCGUCUCUUCGCUUCCCCGCAUCCAUGGCUGCUUCCCCGCCGUCCAGUCGCGCAGAUGAAGUACAAAAUCUUCUGAACGCCGUCGAAGACCUUCUGAUUCCGUUCAUCCGAAGCGCCGACGAGGAUCCUCUCGGCCAAAAAUCGCUGCCAAACGGCACCAAUGGAGUCCACAAGUCGCCAGGCACGGCGCUCGUCGACCAUAAGAAACCGGAAGAGCUGCAGAAGCUCCUCCAAUUAGCCCUCCCCGAGCAAGGCACCGGCCAGGAGGGCCUGGUCGAGGUGCUGCGCAAGGUUCUGCAGUACUCGGUCAACACAUGGCACCAGGGCUUCCUCGACAAGCUUUAUGCCUCAACCAACGCCCCCGGCGUGGCGUCCGAGCUGAUCCUGGCCGCCCUCAACACCAACGUCCAUGUCUACCAGGUCUCCCCCGCCCUGACCAUCAUCGAGAAACACACCGGAAAGCAACUCGCCUCCCUCUUCGGCCUCAAUGGCGCCCGCGCCGGAGGCAUCUCCGUCCAGGGUGGCUCCGCCUCCAACACCACCUCCAUCGUCAUCGCGCGCAAUAACCUUUACCCCAGCACGAAGAAGGACGGCAAUGGCAACUACCGCUUCGUCCUCUUCACCAGCGCCCAUGGCCACUACAGCAUCGAGAAGGCCGCCCAAAUGCUCGGCCUCGGAAGCUCCUCCGUCUGGGCCGUCCCCGUCGACAAACAAGGCCGCAUGAUCGCCUCCCAGCUGGAGGCCCUCGUCCAGAAGGCCCUCGCCGAGGACCGAACCCCCUUCUACGUCAACGCCACCGCCGGCACCACCGUCAUGGGCUCCUUCGACCCCUUCCACGACAUCGCCGCCAUCUGCAAGAAAUACAACCUCUGGUUCCAUGUCGACGGCUCCUGGGGCGGCUCCUUCAUCUUCUCCGCCCAGCAGCGCUCCAAGCUCUCCGGCGCCGAGAAAGCCGACAGCAUCGCCAUCAACCCGCACAAGAUGCUCGGCGUCCCCGUCACCUGCUCCUUCCUACUCGCCGCCGACCUCCGUCGAUUCCACCUCGCCAACACCCUCCCCGCCGGCUACCUCUUCCACAACGCCGACACCGACCCGGACACCCUCAACGGCGAGACCGAACUCGAAGUCGACUCCCCAGAAGUCUGGGACCUCGCCGACCUCACCCUCCAAUGCGGCCGCCGCGCCGACUCCCUCAAGCUCUUCCUCGGCUGGACCUACUACGGCACGGCCGGCUACGAGCGUCAAAUCGACACCGCCUGCUCCGUCGCCGCCCACCUCGCCACCCUAAUCUCAGAGAACCCGAACUUCAUCCUCGUGAGCGAGAACCCGCCCCCCUGUCUCCAAGUCUGCUUCUACUACGCGCCCAGCCGCACAUUCGUGCACCCGCGGGGCCUCGUCUCCGACGAAUCCAAGCGCGCCAAAGCCAACAGCAAGAUCACCGAGCAGGUGACACAUGCCAUCGUCCGCAAGGGGUUCAUGGUGGAUUUUGCCCCACCCAGUGGAGACGAGGACGCCGUCGGGAACGGGAAGUUCUUCCGUUGCGUGGUCAAUGUCCAGACCACGAAAGAGACCGUCGAAGCCCUGGUGCGGGCUAUUGAGGAGGUCGGGCCCGAGAUUGUUGACCGAUUGAAGGCGGAGAGUGUCACUGAGGUUCCGACUCGGCGACUAGGCGAGAGGGGUCAUGGGCCGGUUGUGCAUCAUCCGUGA